UACCACGGUGACCCAGUGUCGAUACUUACGAAUAAGAACGCCACACAAACAUCAGGCAACAAAUAAACAGACGACAACGAGCUCCAAAGAAGAAGCAGCUGGAACAAAGUGGAGUUAAUAAAAGCAGCCUCUAGAGAUGGACAAACAUGACGAGUUCGAGAGUUUUUUGAAGAAUGUUGACGAAAUAAGUGGGCUGGUGAAGGAUUUGAACUCCUCUGAUGUUGAAAUCAGGCAAAAAGCAAUGGAGGAAGCUGAUUGCUACAUUGCUGCCUUGGAUAAAUCCAGCAGAACUCAAGUUAACAAGACUACAAUCAACAUACGGCCUCCACUCCAGCCUUCUUCUAGUCCACAGAGUGAAUGUCCAGCUAGUUUCAUGAAAAUGAUAGAGAAUGAUGCUGAAGACAGGAGACUACGGCGGGUCGCUAAAGAAAAAAAGGCACUCGCUCUCAAAGGCAAGGGGAAUGAAGCUUACGCCCAAGAGGACUACGAAACGGCUGUGAAGUAUUACAGCGACGGCAUGGCUGAAUUACGGGACAUGCUGCAACUGUACACCAACAGAGCACAGGCCUACAUCAAGCUAGGGAAGUACAAGGAGGCCAUCGGUGACUGUGAGCGGGCCCUGAAGUGCAAUGAGAGGUGCACAAAGGCUUACUUGCACAUGGGCAAAGCACAUCUGGAACUGAGGGAAUAUAAUGAGUCAAGACAUUGCUUUGAAAAGAUAGUGGAAAUUGAACCUGGAAGAGAGACAAUGAUGAAAGAAUACCUGACCCGGGUAGAUUUGGAGGAGAAGAGAGAGACUCAGGAGAUGAAUGCAAAGCAAGAGUUUGACAAGGGAGAGGGGAAGGGCACAGCAGUGCCUCAACUGCUCGAGAAGCUGUCAAGGCCUGGUCAGAUCCCUCUGUUUUACUGUGGAGGAUUACAGAUUCUGCUGGAAACAGUUAUUGACUGUACAGGGCAGACCCUUUUCAGACUGAACAAUGGCUUUACUAUCAUCAGCAGCAAUGACACAGUGAGGAGUUGCCUGUUGCAGAAAACAAAGGACAUAAACAGCCAACAGUUAUGUGUCUCUGUUCUGAAAUUAUGGAGGAAUAUCUGUCAUGGAAAUGGUGAAAACCAGAAGAUGCUACUGAGGUGCCCAGUUGCCAGACAGGCCGUUGUUCAUUUGGUUGCAUCUGAGCAAGUUGCAGUACGGAAAGAAUGUUUAGCAUUACUCAGCGUAUGCCACAUGGGAGAUGUUUGGCCAUUGAAAGUCUGAAUGUGCGCA